UUAUCUCCUGGAAUUAGACAACUGCAAAGAGCUGAGAGAAAUUUAUUUGAAAAGAAUGAGGAUCCUGCAUUCUUCCUCCCUCAGUAAGUAAAUGCCAGUCCCUGGGAAGAGAGAACCAAAAUGUCUACCGGAGCAGAUAUCAAGGCUACAGUGGGGGACAUUCCCAAUGAUGGCAAUUUAAACAUGGCUCAAGAGGAGUGCUCCGGGAAAGGCUUUUGUUCAAUCCGACAUGGACUGGCCUUCAUCUUGCAGCUGUGUAAUUUUUCAAUAUGUACCCAACAAAUGAAUUUGAGCAUUGCCAUCCCAGCUAUGGUGAACAACACAGCCCCUCCCAGCGAGCCCAAUGCCUCCGCAGAAUGGCUCUCCACUGACUCCCAGGACUACUGGAAUGAAACGCUAAAACAAUUUAAAGCAAUGGCCCCUGCAUAUGACUGGAGUCCUGAAAUCCAGGGAAUCAUCCUCAGCUCCCUCAACUAUGGCUCAUUCUUGGCCCCAAUCCCCAGUGGUUAUGUGGCUGGAAUAUUUGGAGCAAAGUAUGUGGUUGGUGCGGGCUUGUUUAUUUCCUCAGUCCUGACCCUCUUCAUUCCACUGGCAGCUAAUGCCGGAGUGGCCUUGCUCAUUGUCCUCCGGAUUGUACAAGGCAUAGCCCAGGUUACGGUAUUAACUGGUCAGUAUUCAAUUUGGGUCAAAUGGGCUCCCCCACUGGAAAGGAGUCAACUCACCACCAUUGCUGGAUCAGGGUCAAUGCUGGGGUCCUUCGUUGUUCUACUUGUCGGUGGUCUCCUCUCCCAGACCAUAGGAUGGCCUUACGUCUUCUAUAUCUUUGGAGGAAUUGGCUGUGCCUGUUGUCUUCUCUGGUUUCCUCUCAUUUAUGAUGAUCCUGUGAAUCAUCCCUUUAUCAGUGCUGGUGAGAAGAGAUACAUUGUGUGUUCAUUGGCUCAGCAGGAUUGUUCACCAGGCUGGUCUCUUCCCAUUAGGGCUAUGAUCAAAUCCUUACCACUCUGGGCCAUUUUAGUCUCUUAUUUCUGUGAAUAUUGGCUUUUUUAUACCAUUAUGGCAUACACACCAACGUACAUCAGCUCGGUACUUCAAGCAAACCUAAGAGAUAGUGGGAUCCUGUCUGCCUUGCCGUUUGUUGUUGGAUGUAUCUGCAUUAUCCUUGGAGGUCUAUUGGCAGACUUUCUUCUCUCCAGAAAAAUCCUCAGACUCAUCACCAUCAGGAAACUCUUCACUGCCAUUGGGGUUCUCUUUCCAUCUGUGAUCCUCGUGUGUCUACCCUGGGUCAGAUCCAGCCACAGCAUGACCAUGACCUUCUUGGUGCUGUCUUCUGCCAUCAGCAGCUUCUGUGAAUCAGGAGCCCUUGUUAACUUCUUGGAUGUUGCUCCUCGGUACACGGGCUUUCUCAAAGGACUAUUGCAAGUCUUUGCACACAUAGCUGGAGCCAUCUCUCCCACUGUUGCUGGAUUUUUCAUCAAUCAGGAUUCAGAGUUUGGUUGGAGAAAUGUCUUCUUGCUUUCAGCUGCUGUUAACAUAUCAGGCCUGGCUUUCUACCUCAUCUUUGGCCGAGCAGAUGUGCAGGACUGGGCUAAAGAGCAGACAGUCACCCACCUCUGAGCAAACCGAGAGAUGUGUUAGAUCCCGGUGCUUUGUUGCUUUUUGUUUUCCCUCACAGACAUUUCCCUUUCAUGCCUGCGUGACUGAUAAGCCAUUAGCUAGACCCUGACUAUGUAAUCCUAAAGAUUUUAGCAUGCCUGGAGAUUUUACAGGGGAAGAAAAUAGGCUAUUUAACUGUAAGCUACCAAAAGCAUAGGUGUGUUGAGAUUUCCAUAUGUUCUCCACUCUUCCACUGUUAUCCUGGUAAAAGAAUCAGGGGCUGGGGACAAUUUCUUUCAAGCAAAAGAGGAAGCCAGACCUUGGGACCAAGAACUGAGAAUCACAAGGGUGUUGUGCCCAACAUGCAGAAGAUGAAUCCUCUGAGUUGUCAUCAAAAGAAAGCCCCAAACAACAGAAAGCAUAGUGUUUUCCAUUGUUGGUGAAAAAUGCCAAGGAGGAAAGAACAAUAAUGCUUCUAUCAUGACAAGGGAAAAGAACGUGCCUGCAACUAAUGGGAGUGAGACAGGACGCUUUAACUUUUUCAGACAGCUUGCAUUCUGUGGAUACCAGCUCUGGAAUCAGAGUCGCUUCUGGAAUAUCUGUACUUCUAGAACCAGCUUUUGGACAGUUACCGUCUUUCAGGCCAUCUUGUUCUGGCCCACAUCUGCUUUUUGGCUUGGUGCAGAUCUUUGACAUCUUAGUGAAUGGACAUUGCCCAGUGUCUCUUCUAGCCCCUCCAACAGUUCUUCAUGUGUUACUGCUGCUGGACACUGACCCAUGAUGUCUGCCUUCAUCUGCCCCUUUGACUAUUGGAGUCCCACGCAGCAUUCAGUAGGAUUCAAUUCAAUGUGGAACCAUUCAACAUUCACCUCCUUAACCUAAAAUAUCUUCCAAAGAUGUGUGUAAGACACACUGCCUUGACCUCACACAAAAUGUCUGGAGAAAUGUGUGUAGUGCUUUUGUUAAAGCCCCUAUAUGGGUAGCAUGGGGUAUCAUAAGAUAGCAAAACCAUUUCAACACUGAGAGAAUUGAUGCACACACACCUUGUGGGGAUGGCAGAAAUUAAAACCAUACACAGUAUUAAGCAGCAGAUAACUUAAAGUAUCAAACACGUGAAUAUGUAAUAACAACUGUAGAAAUAAUGAGUGGUUACAUGGCGUAUGAAAGUGGAUGAUAAGUGCACUAAUCUGAGUGUAAGGGAGGACCACCCCUACAAAGUUUCAGCUGAGUUGGGAUCUGAAGGACAAUAGUUAACUGGUGUGGGAGGCUGAGGGGAGAACAUUCUAGGAAGAAAGAACAGCAUAAGCAGAAGUUUCAUGGCAGGAGGCAGCAACUGGGUAUGGCCAGAGUACAGCGAAUAAUGGAAGUAUGGUUUGUGAGGAGGCUGUAGAAGAAUUAAGGUCAGGCGCACACAGGAUUCUGCGGGCUCAGUGAAGUGCAUUGGUCUUUAUUUUGAAAUCAGUGGGAAGUGUCCUGGUUUUCAAAGGCUACUCUGCAUGAGAGAUCAGGCUGAAGUAGGAUGUUACAGUGUAGUCUAGGAGCCACGAUGGCCCCUGGCAUGAAGGGAAUAGACAUGGUGAGAGGUGAAUGGGUUAUUUGAUUCAGCGAAUAAACCUGACAGACCUAAUAACAAAUGAUAGAGUUGGGCUCAAAGAAGGAGUUCAAAACAAACAUGUUUAAGAUUGUGAGAAGGUCCUGGCGACACAGAAAAGUUGCCUAUGCCCCAAAACACAAAGCACUAAUGGAAAGUUCCUGAAAAGGUUGGGACAAGGAGGAAUUUUGUGACCUGAAGCCCAGUUAUGAAAAUGAUGAGAGAUGGUGUGAGGACAGCUCCUGCCUUUUCACCCGACAGCCCAAGAUCGUGUCUUCAUCCACUAGUGUGAGAUCCAGGGAGGGUCUUAUUUUUAUAUCUUUCUUCCUACUUGGAAGGGAGGCAGUAAGUGGAGAAAGAAAAAGAUCUGAAGUGCUCUUGUCAGACCAGAGGAGAGAGGCCCUGCAUAUUUCCUGGCAGGACUAUCACCACACUGUUCCUUAGCUGCUUCAGUUUCCUCUACAUAUCCUGAAUGGAAACUUCUAAAGCUCAGGAACCAUGACAUACAUUAUUUUGUAACAUCUUUAAUACAAAGAACAACAGUAUCAUACACAGUAAAAGCUACUGACAACUGACACAGUAUGAAUCAACGAAUGAACAGCUCCAGAGUAGGGGGAGAACUAUUAGGGAAGAAAUGGAUAGGAAGAAAAGAGGCCACAUUUUUAUUUAACUCCAUUUGUUUUCUGAGCAUCUAAUCAUCUAAAUGUAUGGAUUAUCUUUUUUUUUUUAAUCUAAAAUUAAGAUAUUGACAGAUUGGGUCUGCUCCAUAUCAUUUCUCCAGCAGUCAUUAAGCCAAUCCCAGGCUCUCAGUGACAAUUAAGAUGCUGUCCACCAGGGCACAAGAUCACUUGCUUGUUUCUGAGCCACUCCGUGUCUGCAUUUAUCCAUCUCUUUUCCUUCUCUGGAUCCUGUUCUUUCUUUCUGAUCUGUCACUUUUAGCUAUUUCUGAAAAUGAGUUACAUUUCUCCCUGGGCCCACCAGAGAAGGAGCUAACUUGUGCUGUUUCCUCUAAAAUGGGCCAUCCUUAAAUUAUGGAAAUCUCCUAAAAUUUUGCACUGGUUCACACAUCUACAAUGAGGGACACUAAAAGUUGAAAAUUGUGAAAAAGUCUUUCAUGAAGUCUUAGAAUAAAA